CGAAUCGGACUCACGUCGUUUUAUAAGAAAAAAAAAAUGGUGCAACAAUCGUUGAUCUACAGUUUCGUCGCUUGUGGUACCGUAAUCCUCGUUGAGUUCACAGAUUUCAAAGGCUAUUUCUCAUCUGUCGCUGCUCAGUGCCUUGAGAAGCUUCCUUCCUCGAACAACAAGUUUACCUACAACGACGAUGGUCAUACGUUCAAUUACCUCGUCGAAAAUGUUUUCACAUAUUGUGUUGUUGCAGUUGAUUCUGCUGGGAGGGAGAUUCCUAUGGCUUUCUUGGAACGAGUGAAGGAGGAUUUUAACAAGAGAUAUGGUGGUGGAAAGGCUGCAACUGCUCAAGCUAACAGCUUGAAUAAAGAAUUUGGGUCGAAACUGAAAGAGCACAUGCAGUAUUGCAUGGAUCAUCCUGAUGAGAUUAGCAACCUUGCUAAGGUUAAAGCUCAAGUGUCUGAAGUUAAAAGUGCAAUGAUGGAAAACAUUGAGAAGAUUCUUAGCCGUGGUGAGAUAUGUGAUAUGCUAGUGGACAAAACCGAAAACCUCGGUUCAGAGGCGCAAGUUUUCUAUAUACAAGGAACGCGAAUGAGAAGGAAGAUGUGGUUCAAGAACAUGAAGACAAAACUCAUUAUCGUUGCAAUCAUCAUUGCCUUGAUUCUCAUCAUCAUCCUCUCGGUUUGUGGGGGAUUCAACUGCGGUAACUAAGUCUAGAACAUUUCUUCCCGGCGUUAUCGACUGCGCUCUGGCUCUGUGCUUCCCAAGAUCUCUGAGAAUAUCUUCAUUCAAUUCGUUGUCCUACUUUCUUUAUGUGGUUUUCAUGCUAUGUUUUGAAUGUUUCUUCUUAGAUUGUACUUCUUGAAAUUGGUUUUGUAUAGGCCAUAUAUAUAUUAUCAGCUAUACUGUAUAUAACUUUCGUUACUUUACUUGUU